GCAAUGACAGCGCGCAGUAUGAGUGGUAGCUUACGUUGGAAGUGUCAAGUGAUUUAGUGUUGUGACAGUCGAUACGUGAAAUACGAUAUAAAAAAUGGUGGUCGGCGCAAAGAAAGCCAUCCAACAUGUACCUAGCAAGGGGAAAAUAUCAAUCCGAAGAUUACAGAGUUUCACAGUGAGAAAACGGCAAUCCGUCAUCAGAGUGGUGUAUGGCGUACUCCUAGCCAUGUUCUCCAUUAUUCUGGCGGCUAUUGAUCCAGUUGACACAGUCACGAAUUGGUAUCUGGAUUUCGAUGAGGGGUCAUUUUUAUUUCGGAUGUGGGAGAACCCAACCUACGAACUCUUCUCUGAUGUGUACAUCUUCAACUACACAAACACAGAGGAGUACCUCAGAGGAGAGACGUCGCAGUUAAACCUAGAUGAAAUAGGGCCUUUCACGUUUCAAGAAAAAAGAACGAACGAAAACAUGACGAUAGAUAAGGAACGGGGCGUAAUCACAAUGAACCCUAAGGUCGUGCUGAAGUUCCUUCCGGAAAAGUCCGUGGCGCACUACAAGGACGUGCCCGUCGUGGUGCCGAAUAUCGCGCUCAUAGCAAUCAGCACUCUUCUGGCAGACAACAUGGGCUACUUCGCAAACGCUGGAGCGUAUUACUCCAUCUCAGCUCUUGGGUCGAAGCUCUUCCUGAACAUGACAGCGGAAGAAUUGCUGUGGGGUUACGAUGACCCCCUCGUGUCGAUAGCAAGCCGUCUCCUGCCGGGUUGGAUCGACUUUGGAAGAAUUGGAGUUAUGGACAGGUUUUAUGCCCAAAGAAAAGAGGAGGUGGAGGUGGAACUGAGGAACAUAUCCAGGAAGUACUCCAUCAACACGUGGAACCAGUCACCGGGCUUGCCAGAACAGGGCUUCACUGACUGGAAUACGAGCAUUCCCUGCAAUCGUCUGAAAGGGACCUUUGAAGGGCUUAUGCUGCCACCGAGGAUGGAGAAGGUCAACAUCGGUGUGUUCAGGAAACAAGCCUGUCGCGUCUAUCCCUUCAACUUCGAUGCAGAGUAUCGGGGUGAUUAUGGGUUCGAUGUAUACCGAUACAAGUUGGAGGAGUCUGCGUUCAACAAAACGUCGCCUUACGCCUGUAAGUGCUCGUACAACUGUUUACCAGACGGAUUCAUAGACAUCAGUAAUUGCUAUUACGGAUUUCCGAUAGCGUUAUCAAAGCCUCAUUUCCUGGACACGGAUCCAGCUCAGCGGGCGUACUUCAAUGGCUUCAAGCCAAACCCCGAGAAGCACAAGUCUUCAGUCGUAAUAGAACCGGUCAUUGGCGCUCCUUUGGCUCUGACAAUGGGAAUUCAAGUUAACAUAGCCGUGCGGACGUCCGCUGGAAAUCCCAUCACACGACCUUUGAAAGAUAAGGUCUUGCCGAUACUGUGGUUGUCUCUGUAUUGCAAGGAACCACCUCCAGAGGUUCUCAAUCUGCUUCGACUCCGCUUUGUCAUCGCGCCUCCACUCGUCAUCACCCUGGAGGUGAUCCUCUUCCUCAUCGGCAUGUUCUUCGGAGUUCAGGGAGCCUAUCGAUUCUGGAGGCCGAAAUAUAAACCCGUGAACACGAAAAAAGACAAGGCAAAACCUAAAAAAAUUAUAGAGCGAAGGAAGUCGAGUGUCAUCUUAAAUUUGUCGGAUAAUAUUGGCUACAUUGAUGAUCAGGAGUUAGCCAAAGAAGCGGUAUCGUUACUAGCCAUAACAGAAGACGAAGGUCACACACCUGACUUACUUUUAAGUUAAUUGUAUAAGAUUGAUUAAUAAUAUAUGUAUUUAUAACAUUAGCUUCAAUGUUAGAGUCAAAAAGAGCAC